AUGCCACCACGAUUGCCGCUCGCCCAAGCGGCUCGAUGCUGCGCGGCAUCAAUUGAGGUGUCCGCAGGGUCACGGCCCGUCGGGCUGGUCUCGCUCUUCGCUGCAUUGUCGACGCAACAAACCCGCAACGCCUCGAUUCUCGCGAGUCUGUCCGACAACAGGGGCGCCUACAACAAGCGCAUUCGAAAGGGCCGUGGUCCGUCGUCUGGAUACGGCAAGACAUCCGGUCGCGGUCAGAAGGGUACCAAGGCGCGCUCGAAAGUGAACCCGUGGUUCCAAGGUGGUCAAACACCGCUUAUCGUCAAGCAUGGCAUGAAGGGUUUUGUCAACCACCGUGCCCCGGAGAUGAUGGAACUCAACAUCGACCGCCUCCAGGCCUGGAUCGACACGGGCCGUAUCGACAUCACGAAGCCUAUUACCCCGCGCGAAAUCAUCCGUUCCGGAGUCAUCGGCCGUGACAUCAAGGAUGGUAUCAAGCUCCUCGCCCGUGGCGGCGCGACUCUCAAAAACCCCAUUGAUAUCAUGGUCUCGCGGGCUUCGGCAUCGGCUAUCCAGGCCGUUGAGGCGGCCGGCGGCAAGAUUGUAACGCGGUUCUACACGAAGGAGUCGAUAAGGCGGCUUGUGAACGGCACGAGUCUCAACUCGGGAACUCCCUUGCCCGUGGGCGCCGAACAUGUGGAAGAGGAGGUGGCCAGACUCCAACUGCAGGGGAAACACUACUAUCGCCUGCCCGACCCGACUGGCCGUGAGGAUAUUGAGUACUACCGUGAUCCAGCACACCGUGGGUACCUGAGCCAUAAGCUCAAGCCGGGCGAGUCGCCAAGUCUGUACUUUAAGGUACCUGGGACUGCGCCUACCCCGGUGAGGCGGAAGGUGCAGAAGAGCGGGGAGGAGGUGAUGUCGCUCUUCGGCAGCUCACCGUCGGACGAGUCGCCCGACCUGCACUCGUCCAGCAAUCAAUUCGGCAACAGCCGAUCGUCGCUUUUCGAAGACGAACCGCCCAUGACCCGGUCGACCACCACCGCGCUUUUCGCCGACGAUGAUAACAAUGGCUCCGACUCCCCCUGGGACAUGCCCCCGCCGCGCAAGCAACAGACCCGCGCCGAUGUGCUCCGCAGUUUGCUGCCCGCGUCCGAGGUGCCGCCUAGCUACAUCGACGCUUUUGACGCCGUCGCGGCCGAGGAGGAUGGGCGCGCCGGCGCAGGGCGCAUCUCGAAUGGGGGUGUAGCGAGGACGCUGGCGGCUGCGAAGCUCGGCGCGGACGACCAGGCGCGCAUCAUGGGGAUUGUUGCGCCAGGUGCCGAAAGCGACGAACAGGAGGAGCUGUCGCUGGACAGGAACCAAUUCAAUGUGCUGCUGGCGCUGAUUGGCCUUGCGCAGGAGGGCGAGGGGGUUAGUCUGGAUGGGGUAGACGAGCGGCGCCGGGAUCUGCCGCAGCCUGAGCUCCAUGGGAUCGUCAACAAACCCACACCACCCCUUCCGCAUAUCGAUGAAUUGGGUGCCAAACCCCCUCAACGACCUGCUACACCCCCGCGAGUUCCCGAGCCAGAAUCUCCAGCCCGCCAGCGCAGCGCCCGAAAGCAGCCCUCGAUGGAAUACCAGGACGACCCGUGGAAUACACCCGAUCUGCACAGGAACCAUAACCAUGGGCCUGAGCCGCCGCGCUCGAAUGUCCCGGAGCGACCGGCAUCGACCAGCGUUGUGAAUGGGACCUCCUUUGGGAGUAGUACCCAGGGGACUUUACCCCGUCGAACCACUUCCACCUUCACCACGAGCGUCCCACCAUCUGCGCCUGGGUCGGUCACGGAGCCCCCAAACAACUGGGGAUUUCUUGAUGGGAACACUGCGCCGGCUGGCGGGUUUGGUGAACAAUCCCCGAACCCAGCCGCCCCUUUCGGCGGACUGGGGGGCAGCGCACCAUCUGCUCCGGACACAGCCGGGAUUCCCCCUCCGACACCGGCACUCAACAACAGGACCAUUGGUGGUGGGGGCCGGACGGGCGCAGCCCUGCAGGAACAUGUGGUGGUGACGUUGAUGCCGGAGAAGGAAGGCGUCUUCCUUUUCCAGCACCACAACUAUGAGGUCACGAGCGCGAGGCGGGGAAGCAAGGUGGUGCGGCGGUAUAGCGAUUUUGUGUGGUUGCUGGAUUGUCUGCACAAGCGGUAUCCAUUCAGGGUGCUGCCGCUGUUGCCGCCGAAGAGAGUUGCUGUGAAUGGUAACCACCUCUCCAACGACGGCGCGUUUAUAGAGAAACGGCGUCGUGGGCUGGCCAGGUUCCUUAAUGCCCUUGUUCGGCACCCGGUUAUGAAUCAGGAGCAACUGGUCAUUAUGUUCUUGACCGUUCCCACAGAACUCUCGGUCUGGCGCAAACAAGCCACCAUCUCCGUCCAAGACGAAUUCGCCGGCCGGCCCCUACCUCCCGGUCUCGAGGAUUCCCUCCCGCCUACCCUCGAGGACCUCUUUAGCCGCACCCGCGCCGGUGUCCGCCGCAGCGCCGAGCUGUACAUCACUGUUUGCAACCUCAUGGACCGGCUAGUCAAACGCACCGAAGGCGUUGCGGCCGAUCACGCGCGCGUGGCGCUCUCGCUGGUCUCUCUCACAGAAACCAGCGCAGACACAUACGCCACUGAUACCAACGACGUGCCGCUGCUCAAUGACGGGCUGGAAGCCAUGAGCCGGCACCUACGAACCGCGCAGAGCCUAAUGGAGGAUGAAUCGCGUGCGUGGGAGGCCGGUGUGUUGGAAGACUUGAAGCGCCAGCGAGACGCGCUCGUGAGCUUGCGGGACCUGUUUGAUCGCCGGGAUCGCUUGGAUAAGGAUAAUAUUCCGUACUUGGAGAAGCGGAUUGCGGCGAACGAGACCAAGCUGACGGGGUUACGGGCGAAGCCCGAGGGGCUGGUUAAACCGGGCGAGGUGGAGAAAGUUGUCGAGGCCAUUAUCAAGGACAAAGAAUCCAUCGUCAACCAGCACAACCGGUCGGUGUUUGUCAAGGAGUGCCUGCGCGACGAGCUCAGCUACUUCCAGCACACGCAGUACAACGUCUCGCGGUGGAAUCAGGACUGGGCACAGGAGCGUGUCAAGUAUGCCGAGAUGCUGGCGGAUAACUGGAGGAGGUUGUUGGAUGGGCUGGAGGGGAUGCCGUUGGGAGACUAA